AUGAUAAUCUCCCAGGAAAACCGAGUUCAACGAUCGAAAAUCGGAGAUAAUAGGCGCAGUAUCAAGGAAAACAGUGAAUCAAUUCCACAAUAUCUUAAUCUCUAUCAGACUCCACCGGGUGAUGAAAUCAGUCUCAUGGAAUUCGAUGAGAUUGCUAUGGAACGAUUGAAAUUGUUGAAGUUCUUUGAAAACUGCAAAGAUAGUUGCAAGUUUAAUGACGUUGAUUUCCGGAAUAAAUUCCAUAACCACUAUAAGAAUUUGAAGAAGUUCUUAGUGUUGAGUAAAGAAGCUUUCGGAAAAACUGAUGAAGAAAUUGCUGAAUGCUGGAGAAGAGAUUUAAUUGGGCAUUGCAUUUUGCGACUAGCAUUUUGCCGAACGCCUGAAAACACAAAAUGGUUUACUACUAUAGAAACUGAUUUGUUCCGUUUUCGCUUCAUGAAUGAAAAUCAGAAGAAUGUGACUGCAGCGCUUCAUGGUAUGGAUCUCGACGUUCAAAAAGUCUCUAAAGAAGAGAAAAAUGAAAUGUGUGAAGAUUUGGCAAACGGAUGCACGAUGACUCUUGAAGACGUUAAUACCACCGAUUUUUAUAAAAUCGACUUUAUCAAUGCCAUCGAGCUGGUACGCCGCGGAGGUGUACAUUUAAAACGAGGAAUCGCUUACUUUCCCUAUGAGGACCUUAUUUCUAUCGUUUCUGCUAAAUUUCGAAGUGUGAUGGCAGGAGCAAUGGCGAGAUCGCUCAAACAUUUGGCAAUUCUUGAAGAAGAAGGCCGUCUUUUACCGCGACUUGCACGUCUCGCAAAUAAUGUUUACGAUGAAAGGGAGUAUAAUAACGAAGAAGGAGCCGAAAAAAUCACACGUCAUAUGAUCGACAAAUUAGCUGUGAAAUCAUUCCCGCCAUGCAUGAAACAAAUGCAUUCACAUCUCAGGGUUAAUCACCAUUUAAAAUAUGGCGCCAGAAGGCAAUACGGUUUAUUCCUGAAAGCUCUCGGUUUGUCUCUUGAUGAAGCAAUGCAAAUGAUGCGAGAAGAAUUCACUAAAAAAAUACCAAGUGACAAGUUUGACAAGGAAUAUGCCUAUAAUAUUCGAUAUAUGUACGGAAAAGAAGGGAAACGAGUACCUCAGAACGCCAUGUCUUGUGCACAAAUUAUUCUUCGAAACCCUCCUUCGGCAGUUGAUUGUCAUGGGUGCCCAUUUCGUCACCUUGAAACACAUGUACUCGAACAGAAAUUGCGAAAAGAUAAUUUGUCAAAAGAGCAAAUUGAAAAGAUUAUUGAUUUUAGCGAACAUAAUGGAUAUGAUAAGGCGUGCACAAGAUACUUUGAAUUUACUCAUAAAAUGGAGGAAGGAGAACUCGGGCAGUUAAUUACUCAUCCUAAUCAAUAUUUUGAAGAAUCCCAGAAGGUAAUUUUGGGCAGACGAACGGUCAUUCCGGGUGGAAGCCAAUCUAAUGUAAAGUCCGAAUCCCUGGAUAAUGAUGCUAAAAUGAACGUGUAUAUCUACAUUUCUCGCGAAGCGCAGAGAUGCGGCAUUGAGCUUAUAUCUGAGAUGAAGCUGAGAAAUGAUGAUGCUAAUUUGCUCAAAAUCGAAGCUGACAUUAAGAUGAGCAGCAACACUUUGCCGGGUACAAUCCGUGAUGAAUCAGCGUUAGAAAAUUCAUCUCGUCCAUCCAAUUGGUCUGAUUCGAGUUCACCGCCACCAUUGUUGUCACCGGAAGAAGUGAAUAAUGAGCAAUUUGAGGCGUCAAAAUUGCAAGCUGAAAAGAAAGAACGACUUGUUGCACCUUCUGUACCGAAACCGAAUUCGAUAAGACAUAAUAAUCGAAAUAAAUCCAAGGCAAAAUUAAAGAAGGAAGCAUUUGAUGACAGAAGGAGAAUCGAAGAUCCAAAUGCUCCGAAACGUCCUAGAAGCACAUAUAUUCAAUUUUUGAUGCUCCGAAGACCCCAUUAUAGUGUUCCAGGCCGACAUCAAAAAGAUAUUCACAGCUUAUUGGUAGCUGAAUGGCAGACUUUGAGCCAGGAGCAGAAAAAACUUUAUGAAGAAGCCGCUGAGAAAGAGCGACGCGAAUACGAAAUUGCAAUGGAGGAAUACAAAAAGACCGAGCAAUACGCAGAAUUUCAAAAAAAAAAGUUGGAGUUGAAACGCGGUUUGAAAAGAAAGGCUUCCGAGAGCGAUGACGAUUGCGACAAGCCAUUGCCUAAUAUGGAGAUAUAUUGUCCUCUACUCAACUCGAGUUCUGAACCAUCCACUUCUGCGAAUGUUUCGUUUACUGGUCAAAUUUUUUCGAAAGAAUUUAUUGCGUUCAACAAAGCCCGAGACUCGUAUCGUCGUAAAUUAACAAUGGAAAGAUCGAAUCUAGAGCAUGAGCUACAGGCAUUGGCUGAGCAUGAUCCUCAAAACAGAAUAGAAGAGCAAGAGAAAUGUAUAAAAUUGUUGAAUUCUAAGAUCGAAAUAAUUCAUAAAACAAUUAAAAGUGCGCUGAGCGGAGUUUCUGCAGCAAAUGGUCAUUUGUCGAGCAUCGAAAGCAUUACUGAACUACUGACAUCAAUAUCAUCUCUUCCGUUAUCAAAUUCUUCCCGUAAAUCAAUUGUUGAUGCCAUUUCUCGUGCAAAAGUGGCGAAGAAAUAA